GUAGCACAGAGGGAUGUAUUGUACAGGACAGAGGUUGCUCUCAGGUCCUAGAUCUAAUCUGCUUGCCUUUAAGCCAUACUGUCUGAGGAGUACAGGUUACUGCUUCUCAGCUAACAGCCAUGGCUCUUGGACUCAUUUUCUGGGUUUCCUGUAUUUCUUUACUAUUUGAUAGUAAUGGUGGUUCGCCAACUAUAAAAGGCCAUGGGCAUAGAUAUGGAUAUCUGUAUCCAAAUAAAGCAGAGCCACGUGACCUAGUGGAUGAUGGAGAUGAUGACAUUUUGACCUCUGAUCAGGGUAACCAGCAGGCCGCAGACAACCAGCAAGCUGGAUUUGUGUACAAAAGCUAUAACAAACGUUCGACUAAACAGCAGCAGACUCAACAAAAACAGGCAAACCCACAAAUCGCCCCAAAGAUCGAGGGACUUGUUAAUGGUGAGACAAGACAAUGGGGGCUAGUAAACCCUAAUGAGCCACUCCUAUUCCCUUUAAAGUCCAGCUCUGAGGUAGCUAACCCAGCAAAGCCCAAACUAGCUGCUGUAAUGCCUCGCUCCGCAUCAUUUGUUUAUACAAGCACUGUGCCCCUCUCGACAAGCACUGGUCAAACUCCAUACUAUGAGCCUGCUUCAUCCUCAACCUUUCCGGCUGUGGCACCUCGCAGCUAUGAGUCCUGGCAGCCUGAACCAGUGAGCAAUGGUAAUGGGGUGGCUGAUUCAGGUUUUGAUUACCCAGGCCAGGACGCCGGCACAAUCUCCAGUGGAUAUAGCUAUCAUUCAAGAAAGAAACCCAAUCUUGUGUUUGAGGAGGUAUUUCGGUAUCCCUCUGAAAACCCCCAGCCUCCUCAAAGUACUGGUCCUGGCACUAAUGCUGUCGAAGGAUACGACCGAGCAGAUUACAUGAGCAGGGGGUCUGCAACUGGGCAAACCUCCACACCAGUGAAGCCAUCCUCUCCGAUUAACGUACGAGCCCAGCCUUUUUAUCAGUCUUGGAGGGGGGUUCCUUCUUUUUCGAAGUUCUUUGGAGGCAGGAAGCUUAAAUUUAAUAAGAUGUUCCGGCGGCCACAAAAUGCACUGUUCAGCCCCCCAUGGGUCAAGGUUCCCUCAAGGGUCAAGGUUUACCAGAGUGUCAUGGCUCCGUCUAGAGGUUAUCAACCGAUCUUUCAUAACCCACAUCCUUCAAGAUAUAUUGUCCGGUCCAGAAGCAGCUACCAGAGAGGAAGGUAUGUCCAAAGCAAAACCAGAUACACUCCGGAUUAUCCUCCCAAUGGCAUGGAAGGUGUCGAAGGGCCUGCACAGAGCUAACCCGCCGAACUGUUUGGCAUGGGAGUACACUCAAAGCUCUGGACAAGUGCUGGAGCUUUGCCUGCUGUAGACGGACCGCACGCCUUCCCUCUGCCUGGACCACAGCUGAGCGCUUCUUUUUCAUUCGGAGUGACGUCGGAGAAGCCCGCCUUCACGUACCGUGGGAAUAUUUCACUCCAAGUUCAGCGCACGAGCAGAGGCGAUUCUUGCAUAAUCUAUGCAAAGAAAUUAAAGAAGCGAAAGAUCACCAUGAGCAAAUAUGAGCUAUCAUCGGAGAGACUGGACACUGAGUUUGACCAUUUUCUGCUGGACAUGAAGCCAUAUGUCCUCAAACACCCAAGCAAGAUAGAGCGUCAGCGCUGUGCCCAAUGGAUAAAGAAGCUGUGUGACCCAGCCGCAUGUGGUUCAGGUCUAAUUGGUCGCAAGAACCGCAACAUGUAUGCCCGUUUGCUCCUUCAGAUGCUCAAAAGAGGGGUCCUGGAUGGGCCUUUCACCAGCAAACCAGAACCAGGAAGCCUUAAAACACUCCCUACAUACAUGUCCAUCUACUUUGAUGAGCCACUGAGCAGCCUGAGUGUGGAGCACGGUGUUAGAAGCCUGCCCGACUGGGUGACGGGGGAGCUGAGUGGCUGUCCUGAUGACAGUUUAACAAUGGAUCUGCUUAAGGACAAACCCAGUUCUACACCUGUUAAAGAUCAUCACAGGAGAAGGCCGUAUGAGGAUAGAGCAGCAUCACGACCCGUGUCUUCCAGUCCACUGAGACAAUCACCCAGACAAGUUACAAGAAUGGUGGAUGGGGAGCCGAACCAUAUGUCUCCCGAUGACAGUGACCUGGAGGCUCGUCUCAACAGCUGGAACCUGGGGAUUGAGAAGCCAAGGUAUGUGCGAGAGGAGCCCGUUCCCUUGUCACCAAUUUUCAAGUCAAGCUUUGGGGGGAAGAGUAACUUGGCCAGUGAUCAGGGUGCACAACUGUUACAGAGCAAAGAGACCGAGAUGAAGAUCAAAGUGUUGGAGGCCAAGCACCAGGAGGAAAAACUGAAGAUGCAGCAGAGACACGAUGCAGAGGUUGAGAAAAUUCUGGACCGAAAAAAUGGUGAGAUUGAGGAGAUGAAGAGCCUUCAACGGACCAAGCAGAAAGAAUCAGAGGAGACGAUCCGUAAGCUGGAGAAGAAAGUUCAAAGUGUGCUGCGGGAAUCCCAGGUCAUCUGCGAGAGCAAAGAGAAGCAGAUUGCAGAGCUGAAGAAGAUGUCGGAUCAGAGCGCCGACUCUUUAAAAAACGAGUGGGAGAAGAAGCUGCAUGCUGCCGUGACAGAGAUGGAGCAGGAGAAGUUUGAAUUGCAGAAGAAACACACACAGAAUAUCCAGGAACUGCUGGAGGACACCAACGUCCGACUGGCUAAGAUGGAGUCUGACUUUAAUGCGCGGUCACAAGCAACUGAGCGAACGAUGAGAGAGCUCGAGCUCCGGGUGAAACAGCAGUCAGCAGAAGUGGAGAAGGGCAACACGCUGCGUCAGAAAGUGACACAGGAGAAGGCUGAGCUGGAGAUCCACAUUGCAUCUAUCAGCACUGAACUCCAGGAGGCCAACAGACGGAUUAUGAUCCUGCAGCAGGAGAAGGAGCAGCUGAGCGAGCAGCAUGAAGAGGCCACGCAGAAGCUCCAAGCCAAGUACGAGACCGACUUGAGCCACUUGCACCAUGAGCAUGCUCUCUCCGCUGCUAAGGCCUCUGAGGUGAUGGCAGAUUUAGAGAAAACUGUGGCUCAGAUCAAACAGCAGCUCGAGGACAGUGAACAUCGAAGACACCAACAAGUCAGGGAUCAAGAGAUGAAGUUUCAGCAGGAAAAAGAUGAACUGCUGAUCAACUGUGAGAAAAAGGUUUUGGCACUUCAAACUGAGGCAGAGAAGGAAAAGGCAGAGGCUAAAAGGAAGAUAGCCAAACUGGAAGAAGCACUCAGGGAAAAGGAGAGCCAGCUGGACAGAGCCAGGGAGAGCCAAAGACAGCACAUCCAGCAGGCAGAUAUGGCACUGGAGCAGUUCAAGAAACAGGUGGAGCUCAGUUCUGAGAAGGCCUACGCUGACAUGAAACUGCAGAUGGAGAAGGUAGAGGAGGACCUGAAGCGCUCCAGGUCCCUCAGGGAGAAGCAGGCCAAAGAGUUCUCGCAGCAACUCGACGACCUCAGACAGAAGUUCGAGCAGCAGAUGGCUGAGCAGCGCAUGCAGCACGAGCAGGAGAGGACGCGGCUACAGCAGCAGCACAGCGCGGAAAAGGACAGCCUGGUCCAGGAGCACCAGCGGGAGGUGAGCAGCCUGGAGAGGCAGGCCAGGGCCGCCCUACAACAGCACCAACAGCACACCCAGGAGUGGAGGAAGCGCGAUGCCCAGACAAUUGCAGAUUUGGAGGCCCAGUUGUCAGAGCUACGUGAGGACCUCAAGAAGGCCCAUGCCCAGCAUAAGCAGCAGCUGGCCGAGAUGGCGUUGCUCCAGGAGGAGGAAAAGCAACGAGCAACCCUGGACAAACAGGCAUCCCUGGACCGGCUCGAGAGAAACCACCAGCAGGAGAAGGAUGCUGCACAUGAGAAGACCAACAGCAGGCUGAAGCAGAUUGAGAGGGAGUACAGUCAGAAGCUUGCCAAAUCUGCCCAGCUAAUUGCGGAGCUACAGACGUCUGUAUGUGACUCAAAGGAGGAGGCGGUACGUCUGCAGACGGCAAUGGAGAAGCAGCUAAAAGAGGCCAAUGCUCGGUGGGAAGAGGAAAGAAAGACAAUAACCCACCGUGCCGAUCAGGCCCACAAGGCUCUGCAGGAAAAGGUGGAAAGUCUACAGAGACAGCUGCACUCGGCAGAGAAGGAUCUGCUAAGCAAAGAGCUGGAGACUGAAGAGAAGGUGACCGUGGUGCAUAAGGAGUAUGAGAAGAAGAUCAAAGGUCUGAUGCCGGUGGAGCUCAGGCAGGAGCUGGAGGACACAAUCAGCUCACUGAAAGCUCAGGUUAACUUCCUUCAGAUGAGAGCCUCUUUGCUACAGGAAGACCUGGAUGCCUGUCGCAGCAGCAGGUAACAGCACGAUAACGUCAGGCUGAUCUUCCGCCCGGACAUGAAGGACGGCGUCGCCGAUCAGGUGUGAGCACUGUUGGCUGUCACGAGCAUUUUACACACCUGCCACGUCAUCUUUUACUUUGAAAGAUGGUUUUUUUCUCCAUUGUUUUAACAUCAGAAAUAUUUAUUCAUUGUCAGAUUUUAGUUUUGUCUUGUUCAAAAUAAUAAUUCUCAUGUUUUCAGCUUUUUGUAUUGUUAUUUUUAAUAUCAUUAUUAACUUGAUGUUAUUGAUGCUUUUUUUUUAAUAUAUCAACUGGUUUUAAUAAAACACUUUGCUUCAGUU